AGAUCAGCCAGAACCAGGCUAUGACGAAGACAACAUGAUCCAGAGCAUAUUUGACCUGUUCUUGGGUGGGACAGAGACGUCCAGUUCCACUCUGUCUUGGGCAUUGCUCUAUAUGGUGGCUUAUCCUGACGUCCAAGCAAAAGUCCAGAAGGAGAUAGAUGCGGUUUUGACUCCCUGCCAAACCAUCUGCUAUGAGGACCGCAAGAUCUUGCCUUACACGAAUGCUGUGAUUCACGAGGUCCAGCGCUUCAGCAACGUUAUUUCAACAGGGAUGCCCAGGUUGUGCAUGAAAGACACCAUGAUCCGACACUUCCCCAUUAAAAAGGGCUCUAUAAUAUUUUCAAACAUGGCCUCCUCCUUGUAUGACCCUAAGCACUGGGAGACGCCUCGACAGUUCAACCCAAACCACUUCCUCGACAAAGAAGGGAAUUUCAUGUGCCGGGAAGCCUUCAUUCCAUUUUCGAUAGGACAACGAGUAUGUUUGGGAGAACACCUGGCAAGGACAGAACUCUUUGUUUUCUUCUCCAACCUGAUGAGGGCAUUCACCUUCCAGCUGCCAGAUGGAGUAAAAGAAGUCAACAUAGAACCCAUCUGGGGAGCAACCUUGAAGCCGCACAACUUUGAGAUCUGUGCUGUUCCUCGUGAAGCCACUGUUGGUGUCUGAGAAUCACAAGAACAUACACAACAAAACACCUGAUGAGAUCAGGCUGACCUGGACCAUCCAGGCUCGUCCCCAAGUUUGUGGAGUCACCAACCUCCCUCUCUAUUCUGACCCUGACUUCCCC